AUGACAAAGAGCCGUGCACCUGCUGAUACAGAGCACUCCACUUCCGGAAAGCCAAUAUUAGGGAAUUCUGAUAUUUCAGAGGAGAUGCAGCAAGACUCUAUGGAGUGUGACACCCAGGCCCUGGAGAAGUAUAACAUAGAGAAGUACAUAGCAUCCUAUAUCAAGGCAUUUGACAAGUAUAACCCCACCUGGCACUGCAUCUUGGGGAGAAACUUUGGCACCUACCUGAUGCAUGAGACAAAGCACUUCAUCUACUUCUACCUGGGCCAGGCUGCCAUUCUCCUGUUCAAGUCUGGUUAG